GUGACCUCGCGGCUGGACCCCAUGGGGGCUUCUGACCCGGAAGUGGCGCCUUGGGUUCGCUGCGGCGUGGGGGGGAUGGUGGGAGCAGGGCCUGGAGCUGUGGGCGCAGAACCGGGAGCCCGGCCGGGGGCCGGGCUAUGGGGAUCGCAGCCCCCGCGGCCUCCCCAGUCCUCGUCCCGGGGCGUGGAGGCGGCGGCCGUGGCAGCCCUGGGACCCGGGGAUAGCUCGGCGGCCACUGAGGCCCUGUUCCUGGCAUUGGGGGCCGGCGUGACGGCGCUGAGCCACCCGCUCUUCUACGUGAAGCUGCUCAUUCAGGUUGGGCAUGAACCACUGCCUCCUACUGUAGGGACCAAUGUACUGGGGAGGAAGGUCUUCUACUUGCCCAAUUUCUUCACCUAUGCCAGAUACAUCGUGCAGGUGGAUGGGAAGAGAGGACUGUUCCGAGGCCUGACUCCGAGGCUCCUGUCCAGUGCUCUUAACACACUGUCCCGGGGCAGCGUGAAAAAGGCCUUCCCUUUGGAGGAGUUAGAACAUGUAUCCAACAAGGAUGACGUGAAGACAUCACUGAGGAAGGUAGUGAAAGAGACUUCCCAUGAGAUGGUGAUGCAGUGUGUGUCCAGGGUACUCUCUCACCCGCUGCACGUCAUCUCGAUGCGCUGUAUGGUCCAGUUCGUGGGGCGGGAGGUCAAAUACAGUGGUGUGCUGAGCUCCAUUGGGAAGAUUUUCAAAGAAGAAGGACUUCUGGGAUUCUUUGUGGGCUUAAUCCCUCACCUCCUGGGAGAUGUGGUCUUCUUGUGGGGCUGUAACCUCCUGGCACACUUUAUCAAUGCCUACUUGGUGGACGACAGUUUCAGCCAAGCAUUGGCAGUUCGGAGUUACACCAAGUUUGUAAUGGGGAUUGCAGUAAGCAUGCUGACUUACCCUUUCCUCUUGGUUGGUGACCUCAUGGCUGUCAACAACUGUGGGUUGCUGGCAGGCCUUCCUCCCUAUUCCCCUGUGUUCAAGUCCUGGAUUCAUUGUUGGAGAUAUCUGAGCAUGCAGGGUCAGCUUUUCCGGGGAUCAAGUCUGCUUUUCCGCCGAAUCUCAGCAGCAUCAAACUUCUCCAUUGACUAAAUCAGAAUAACUUGACUACAGUAAUAAACACACCAUCUCCGCCCAGCCUAAGUGAGGGCCUGAUCAUUGGGCUACCUUGUAAGAUAACUGACUGUGUAAUAUAGUGGGAUUUGGAUGUUCGCCAUUCUGUUGUUUAUUAGUUGUCCUUCAGUUAUACAUACAGGAAAGGGGGAGUGAGGUUUGGUACAGUCUGGAAAAAGUCCUUACUCUAUACUGAUCCUGAGUUAAGAUGUUCUAAGACUGCUUGGCAGAGUGAGACAAGGGGCAUUGGAGUGAUUUCUGGCAAACAUUCCAGAGGCAUUGCAAAUGAAGUGGGAAGUAUUACUAGUAAGGGCAUAGAAGCUUACGCCAUCAUACCAUAGCCAGGGUGGCAGCAGACUCCCCCUGUUGUCCAAAACUCAGGUAGAGAACAGAUGAGCAAACUUCUGCUCUGCUUGGUUUUGUAAACACAAUAAAUAACAAUGAAAGCAAUAGCUCAAAUGUAUAUAGCCUUUAAAAAUUUAUAGAACAUUUUCCCCAUAACAGCUGGGGAGCGGGACGGAAGGGGAUAGAAGUACUCUUCUAUCACUUAACUGUUGAUUAAUAAAGCUUGUGUAGUGUA